AUGUGUAGCUCCGAUAUCUUCCUGGCGGUCCUCGCCGUCUUCUUUCCGCCCAUUGCCGUCUGGGUCAAGGCGGGGAUCUGCACCGCAGAUUCCAUUAUCAACAUCGCCCUGUGUCUCCUGGGCUUCAUUCCCGGUCUGAUUCAUGCCUGGUACAUCAUCCUCAAAUAUCCAGAGCCGGAUUAUGAUGAUGUUGCCUACGAGCCCAUCUCCGGUGGCUCCAGCCAGCGCCGCGACCUUGAGAACGGUCGCGUGACUUACCUCUAUGUCUCAAACCAGCCUCACCCGCAUUCCUCCCAGCGUCCCUCAUACGGUGCAGUCAACACGCACUCCCAGAACACUCCUGCCACAGAGUCAAACAAUGCCCCGAAACCUUCCGGCCCCCCGCAGGAAGGUGCUGCUGCGAGUAAUGGCGAGGGCCACUCCGCACCACCCACUUACGCCGAGGCUGUGAGGGGUGACCACAAGAUCCAAACCCAGGAUUAA